GGUAUCUGUUAGUUCUUCCUUUCUAUUUUAGCCUUGCUGUAGUCAGCGAGUUAUUGCUCAGUCGAUAGUGAUGAUCAUCCUACUUCCCUCGCUUUUUAAACUUUCACAAUCUCAAAUGUUCCGUUUUUAUGUUUUGUUUACUUGCUAACACCAAUUGAAUAUGAUGUUUUCAUGACUUAGCCCUAGUGUAGGUUACACACGGAGGAAAACUCGAAACUUCUGAUAAAACUCAGGUAAUGAAAUGGACCGCCUUUCUCGGGACAAGGAAUAAAAAUUAACCAUGUCUCCUGACAAGAAAAUGGUGUUUAAGAGCCAAAAAAUUUUAUUCUGCACGAGUGUAUUGCUAUCAUCGUUUGGGAUGACGACUGCACUGCCGGAAGUCAGAGCUGAUUGCGGACGAAUGAUGGUACAAGGUUAUCUUUCGUGUGAAAUCAAACAUAACAACAACAUAAUUCCAUACAACGGCCCAUCAAAACAGGUUUUCCCAGAUCUACGUCUCGGGCUGAUAACUUACAGGUGCGACCACGAGGCCGGCUACUUCAUUUCGAGGAUGGAAUGCGAGAGAUGCAACUUCACGUGCAGAGCAGAAGAAUCGUCGACCGAAGUGAUAACGUGCCCGGUGGACCCUGCCCCGUUUUGGUCGGGGCUUUUCCUGGGGAUCUUGACCGGGGCGGUGACGUGCGCUCUCGGCUUGAAAACGGCCCGACGGGCCGUAGCAUCGGUGGGCAAAAACCCGGACAGGACCCGAGGGAACUCCGUCGCCACCGUUUACAAAGAGGACAAGGUGCUCUUGCAGGCUGACGAGGGUGACCGCAGCGAGACUCGCUCCGCGGACUCGGCCGAGAAUCGCGGCUCACCAAAAACCAAGAGGAAGAAGACUCUAAUGUCAGCGAUCACCGGUCUCCUGAUGUUCGGACCUGCAAACGCUUGCGACGUGGUCGUCACCGUGGAUUCGGGCGACGUGACGAUGGUCUGCCACGACUUGGUCUGCGCGCCGCAGACAUCUUUCCCAGUCCGGCCGAACCAAGAGAUCUGCAUCGAGAACCACCGAGGAGUCCGAGUCUCCGUCAAAGUCACGGGUAUCUUCACGACGGUGCGCUACGAUCUCGCCUACUACACGGCGGACUACACGGUCAACGCGCGCUCGGUGAGCAACUGCUGCACCGACUCCGACGAGACCAACUGCUGGGACAAGAGCGGGAACUGCCACCGGCGGGCCAGGGAGAAGCUAGAGACGCAGGCGGGCAACGCGUCCAUCAACUUCCAGUGCCUGUGGUCCAAUCAGAACAAGCUGUACACCAACUGCGCCUACUUCGCGAGGACGGAGAGAGAGGGGGGCUUGUUCCCGGUGCUGCAGAAGAGUUUCGAGAGCAGGGAGGUUAGACUCCACGUGGGCGGAGCGCCGUACGCGCGGGAACGCACGCUGGUGCUGAACGACUUCACUCCGACGCGCAACCUCGACUUGUCCACAUUCGGUUUCGAAACGAUGCCCAUCUCGGUGGUCGGCUCUUUCUUGCAAUCGUCUCCUUUCCGGUCUUUACUACUAUACAAUAGUACGUUUUACUACGUCGAUAGCGCAGAGCCAGGCGCCCCGAGGAGCAGUAUGCUUGGCGAUUUCCAAGUGGCCCCGAAGGAUAAUACCACGGCGUCCGCUGACCCCAUUAUAACGUGCGAGGCCCCGUCCGGUAGCUGUAACUGCAAGUGCUCUUAUUCUCAGAACAGCAGCAUCAAAACGUUUCAAAGUCGGCUGGAGGACCACGAACCGCUUCAACGGUACAUCACGGUGAGUACCAGUCCAUGGGUGAUGUACCACUACGAGAGGGAGGAGAAAGGCGAGAUGCUCCUUCAGUUGGGGAAGAGGGUGAGCGAUUCAGGGCGGAGGAGAGGUAAGUGCGACGUCGGAUUGUUGGGCGUUCACGGUUGCGUUUCUUGCGAGAAUCCGGCGUCGAUUAUCUUCCAAGCGAAUCGGAGCACGAUCGAACGAUCAGGGGUGGUGCCGUUCCUGUCCAACUGCACGUUCGACCAGAACACGGUCAACUGCGACUAUGAGCCGACCGAGUUGGUUUUGCAGGGUCGGCCCGACGCUUGCUGGUUUCGGAUGCCGACGCUCAAGAAGGAAUUCAACGUCAGGGUGAAAUAUUACGCGUUCGGAGGAGACGAACCCAUUGUUAAGGAUAAGUGCACGCGGGUCUACUUCAGCGUGGGAGAGGCCUUGCGGCAUUUGGUGACUAGCAGCACUUUCAUCGAGACGUUUCUGGCAACUGUUAUUAUUAUCAUAAUUUUAGCUUUAAGCUUUCUGAUAUUUAUUAGGAUUCUGCACAAAGGUGAGCCGAUUUGCUCGGCAAAUUUUGUACGGAAUGCAGACGA